UGCCUUUUCUCUCCACGCGACCAUGACGGGCACCUGCUGCAUCGCUUACGUCCUCCUGCUGGUCCCCUUUACCGGAGCAACAGGGGAUGGUAUAAUUGGUGGAAGGGUUGCAAAGGCUCACUCCAGACCCUACAUGGCAUCCCUCCAGUUUGGAAAUCAUCAUUCAUGUGGAGGGAUACUUGUUCGAGAAGACUACGUUCUAACUGCUGCACACUGCAAACAGCCUCAAACUAUGACUGUGUUGCUUGGAGCACAUAACAACAAGGAGACCGAGAAAAGUCAGCAAAGGAUCCUUGUGGCAAAGUAUCACCAGCAUCCACGAUUCACCGGAAAAUACGAUUAUGAUAUUAUGUUACUUAAGUUAGAAAAAAAUGCCACGCUGAAUAGGUUUGUGAAGCCCAUUGGCCUACCGAAGAAAAACGGGAAAAUCCCUGCCAACAUUAACUGCGUUGUUGCUGGCUGGGGCCGGACUGGAGACAAAGAGCCUCCGUCAGCAGUUCUGAGGGAGGCCCCUGUGAAGAUGCAAUUCAGCCAAGAGUGCAAAUACCUUUGGGGAGAGUAUUUCAAUCAGGACCAUAUGAUUUGCACAAAGGCUAACAAGAAUAAAGGAGGGAUAUGCCAGGGUGAUUCAGGUGGACCGCUCAUCUGCAACAGCAAGCCUCAAGGCAUAACGGCUUUCACUGCAGCAGACAACUGUGAAAACCCAAAGUAUCCUCAUGUCUUUAUUAAAAUAGGUUUCUUUAUGCCCUGGAUAAAGAAAGUGAUGCUAGAAUGAGGAAAAGCUGCUGCAUGAUCUUUCUUCAGUUGUUUAGGUUCGAGGUUAGUAGUGUGUGUAGAAAUGUGGAUGUUGUGAAAAAUAAAAAUCAGAAUCAGAAUCAAACUUAACAUUUUU